AUGUCCUUCUUCGGCUUUGACACGUCUCUGCCGAGAGACAAGCCCGGCGGAGCCAGCAAGGGAAUCUUCGAGCACAGUAAUCCUUUCAACGAAGUUGCAAAAGCUCGUAAACUGCAGGCAUUUCACGACGACGAACAGGAAAUUAUUGACUUCGAAGAUACCUACGACGGCCUCGGCGACCAACUCGAAGAGACCGGCGACGAUUUCAAUGACGAUACCUUUGGUGGCGGCGCAGAGGGUGGAAGUGGCCGGGGCACAGGGAAAGAUUUUGAUUUCUUCGGGAAAACCGCCCAAGUUUCGGACGCUUUCGAGCAAGAGCAUGUGCGCUAUAGCUUGCAGCAUCCUGGUGCCCCCGUGGCAGCUCCCACGCAAGCCCCAAAACCAAAGAGAACUGGCUAUGAGAAAUAUCAAGAUCCAGGUUAUAUUCCAGAUAUCCAGGCCAAAUCGGGGGCAUGGAGUUCGAAAGCACAAGUAGCGCCUCAGGCGACAGAGGACCGCAUCAGCACAGCUCGACCUGUUGCCCCUGCCCCUGCGCCUGUGGCUGAACCUCCCAAGAUGAUGAGUCUCGAAGAAGUUGAAGCUGCACUCCUUGCGCAACAACAACAACAGCAGCAGCAGCAGCUACCACCGUUUCCCAUGCAUCAGCCAUACCAAUUCCCUCCUCAGCAUAUGCAGCCUCCUCCCCCGCAGCCAUUCCCGCAGAUGCCACCUCCAGGACCAGUUCAUCAACCCCCACCCCCACCACCUCCUUCGUCAAGUCCACAGAAACGCCACAAUCGCAUGCCGUCACAGCCUCAACAACGAGCGCAACAGCCUCUCCAGAUCCUCCAGAACCCCAAUCGAGCUCGACACUUACCACAGCCGAGUUUAGAUCGUGUGCCACCAAUGGGGCCUGGAGGCCACCCUGUCAUAACACAUCCUCAGCAGUUGAUGGAUUUGUCCGAAGAACAGCGAAGGGCUUACUUGGAGGAAGAUGCGAAGAGAGCCAAGCGUAACCACAAGAUCUUCAUACUUUCCAAGGGAAAUGGCUUGAUGACGCCGCAAGAUAAGAACUUCAUUACCCGAAUUCAACUUCAGCAAUUGGUCGCAGCAACUGGAAACUCCGCAGAUGCUGAUCCUGAAGCCGCCCUUAACGAGGACUUUUACUAUCAGGUCUAUAGCCAGAUACGCGGCGCUCCCAGACAGCAUCCCACCCAACCCCUGGGCCACUUUGCACAAACUUAUCUGUUCCAGACCGGAAAUCGCGUCCGUGGUAGAAAGCAACAGAUAGUCGCAGACAACCACAUGCAGAGAAUGCAACAACAGGUGCAACGCGCUGUUGAAGCCGCCAAGUUGAAGCCAAAGAACAAACAAUUGAUCAUCGAAGGAAGUCUAGGAAAGAUUUCGUUCAGCAAUGCCAAGACACCAAAGCCGCUACUCAAUAUCAGGAGACAGGAGAACACAGAUGGACGACCGACCACUUCAAAGGAGGGUGCACCAAGUGACCGGAAGACAAUACUCAAGAAUAUUGAAGCGGUCUAUUCCACUUUGAUGCGUCUUGAGGACAAUGUCCGGCAGAUGCCUCCACCACCGACCGAGGGAGACGCGGACUCAAUCCAAACCCAGCUUGAAUGGCGGCAAACGAUGCAGCAGCUUAACGCAAAGCUGUGGCAGGAUUUGAAGAUUUUAGAACCAAUUGUGCCUGGUUCCUUAGUGACACAUCCCUUCAUUGCUUUCCUGUCGUUCGCCAAAGGCAAGAAGGCUAUUCCUCGGGUGUUCCAUCAAAUCGAUCAAGAGCAACGAGUAACCAUCUUAACCAUGAUCGUCGUCCAUCUCGAUCAGCUGGAUGUCAUUAGAGACGCUCGUCUUGCCCCUGGAGAAUCCCAGCCAUCGCCAGCAGUGCGCGAAGAGAUUGACCUUUUCUCACAAACUGUCAUGCCUUGUCUGAUGCAAUAUGUCAGCGAGGCACCGAUCAAUAUCAUUGUUGGCCUGCUCGGCUUGCUGAUCGAUCACACUAAUGUUGUUCAAGUUGCACACACCAAAAUCGGUGUCGCCAUGUUGACGAUGCUUUUGACUCGCGCAGAGAUUGUCAAGGAAUCCGGUGGUGUUUCUGACGAGGAAUGGCAGCAAUGGACGACGCUAUACAACCGUCUCUUUGAUAUGCUGGAGCCUGUUUUGGGCUCAAUCUUCCCUGCGGCCGUCAAUGCCGGUGAUGACAUGUAUGUCUGGCAAUUCUUGGCCGCGGUGGGCAUCGGAGCCAGCCCAGAACAACAGCAGCGACUAGUGAUUGGAGUCAAGGACAGAGUGAUGGAGACGGUUCAACAAAGCAAAACUUUACCGGCAGAGAUGUCUAGUGUUAGACUUGGGAACGUCAACUUGUUCAUGAGGGCCAUCGGGCUUGACGUGGAGAUGCUUGGAUAA